UUGACUAUUGGAACCAAAUUAAAAAUAAUUAAAAUCAAAUGUCAAAAUCUCAGGAUCAAAUUCGUCUUCGAGAGUACUCCGUGCAAAAUGAAAUAGUCUCAAUCUGUGACAGAAACUGAGAUAGUGCCGUCGUCGUUGGCAAACGAUGACAGUUCUACUCCAUGACUUCUUCAACCCCUGCCUAUCAGUUCCCCUGCCCUCUCGCUGCCAUUUCUAAUCUCAACCGGACCUCUUCCGUCUGCUUCUGCGCGAGGCAUGACGGGCGUGGCGGCGGCGGCGGAUCCAGGUGGGAGAGCAGGACUCGGAAUCGCCAGCAUAGAUUCGGAUUUGCCGAGGAGUUCCGCGCUAGCGGCCGCGAAAGAGAUGCGGGAUUCGGCUCAGGUGACGCUGCGAAUAAGAGGAAUUGGUGGUCCGAUGAUGAACCCUCAGGUGAGUACGGAUUCGGAGACGACGAUGAAGAUUUCGACGGGUUCGGGGCAUUAGAGGGCUCAAUUGGGUUCUCGUGGAUAUUCAAGGUGCUGAAAGCCUUUGGGUGGAUGGUUCCUGCAGUAAUCGUAUCAACGCUCUCAGGAGGAAAUGGGGGCACCAACACUAUUUUCAUGGCAUUGGCUCUGCCCUUAGCCCAGUCUGCCUUUUCCUUGUUACUUGACACAUUUUCAGGAGGGACGUCCUCUUAUGACCGGCGCAGACCAAAGCCGCCCACCAGGACAAAGAAACAGCAGCCAUAUGCCACCACUGAUGUUAGAAGGAGAGGGGGAGGAGAAGAAAAGGCAGAAAAUGAGAACGAGGCGACAACCAAACAGAGCUUUGGAGGAUGGGAUGAGCUUGAUGAUUACCACCCCAGGGUUGCAAAUGAAGCACCUGAAAAAAUGUCGCGGGUUCGGAAUCAAGACGAAGGCAAGUUGGGUAGGAGGAGAGGAAAUAGGAAGAAUGAAACGUCGCUGCUGCUGAGGCUGCUAAUGGCCAUUUUCCCGCCGUUGGGCUCCUGGAGAAAAUUGUUGUAAUCCUCCUACUACUAAUACUACUACAGCAUGAAUUUUCAUCUAUUCCUUUUGUCCCGGUUUUUUGUGUACUUUUCUUGUUAGUCCGUGUAUCGUUUCUGUUUCCAUUUAAGGAGAACAUUUUGUUUAAAGCAUAUUGUCUCGAUAUAAAUAUCAACCGCAUACUUUUUAUUUUAUUAAAACUCACUCGUAUAU